AUGUAUGAGGAUGUGUCAUAUGAUGAGUUACUUCUAAAAGCAAUAUCUGUAAGAACUGCAGGACGUGUUAUGUUGAAACGUAACAUGGGUAAAGCUGGAUUUAUAACAUUAUUGAGUGAAAAUAAUCUUCAAGUUUAUUUAUCAACGCAAGAUUUGGGAGAUAAAUUUAAUUGGUUACCAAUAAUUGAUAUAGGAGAUAUUUGGGGUAUUGAAGGGAUUCUCUUUCGUACAAAGAAAGGUGAGUUAACAAUACGUGCUAUAAAUAUUCAAUUACUUGCAAAAGCACUACGCCCCUUUCCAGAUAAAUACCAUGGAUUACAAAAUCAAGAGAUGCGUUACCGGCAACGCUAUUUAGAUUUAAUUAUGAAUAAAGAUGCACGUGCUGUUUUUCUCUUACGUUCAGAAAUUUUGGAACGUAUUCGACAAUUUAUGCGUUCACAUGAUUUUUUAGAAGUUGAAACACCAAUGUUACAUCCGAUUUCAGGGGGUGCAGCAGCACGUCCUUUUCUGACUCAUCAUAAUACAUUAGAUUUGCCAAUGUAUCUUCGUAUUGCACCUGAAUUGUACUUAAAACGCUUAAUUGUGGGUGGAUUUUUACGUAUUUUUGAAAUUAAUCGUAAUUUUCGGAAUGAAGGUAUGAGUGUUCGGCAUAAUCCAGAAUUUACUAUGAUGGAAUUCUAUGCAGCAUACCAGGAAUAUCAAUGGUUAAUGAAAUUUACAGAAAAUUUACUACAUGAUAUUGUGACUUCUGUACAUGCUUUGGCUCACUUCCCCACCACAGUAGCCACACUUGCAAAGGGCCCGUCGUGGCGUCAGAUGUUCCUGCAGACCCACGGCGCCCCCAAGCGGACGGCCGGGGGACGCCCGGUGGGUGCGCGCACAGGAGGAGGGAUCAGUGCGCCGAGCUGGUGGGGCAGGACCGGGACAGGAGAGCGAACGGAGGGCUCUUCUGCGGCAAAAGCGGCGAAGAAGAAGAAGAAGUAG